AUGCCCCUCAUCCCCAUCGCCCUCCUCAUCCUCACCUCGUACCUUUUAUACCGCUAUAUUUUAGAUCCCUAUUUCCUCUCUCCGUUAUCUUCCAUCUCCAAUGCUCACUUCACAUCACCCAUCUCCAGUCGCUGGAUUGACCGCAAACGCAGUACAGUCACGGAAGUUCUUUCGAUCUACGCCCUACACCAAAAGCAUGGUCCCAUCGUCCGUCUUGGCCCCAAUGAGCUGAGCGUUAACUCUCUCCACGGCCUGAAAAUAAUAUAUACGGGAGCUUUCGAAAAACAUGCCUUCUACAAUGAUGCCUUCGUCAACUUCAACACCGAAAACAUGGUCGGCAUGGUGCACAAUGCGCCGCACGCGCACCAGAAGCGUAUGCUGAGCAAGACCUACUCCAAGUCGUUUCUCCAGGAAUCGAGUGAUCUGCGUGCGAUCUCGAAGACUGUGCUGUGGGAGCGCUUGAUGCCUGUUCUCAAGAAAGCGGGGGAGGAUGAAGAGGUGUUGAAUGUGCUGCCGCUGUUCCAGGCUGUUGGAAUGGACUUUAUCUCCUCUUUCCUGUUUGGAUUGAGAGGAGGAACAAGGUAUCUGUUUAAUAUUCCCGAGUGGAAGGUGUGGUUAGAGGAGUAUGAGCGGUUUAAGUUUUUAAGUCGGGAAAAUCGGUAUAUGGGGUUUAUUGAGCGAUGGUGCCUGGGGUUCUGCGAGCGGACCGAGGCAGCUAGAGAUGAUGAGAAGACGCCAUUUAACAAUCCAGUCGUCUACAACCAGCUGCGCCAGAGCCUCCUUGCCCAGAAGGAACAUGAUCCGCGUCCGCUAAAUCUGACAAUUGCGUCUGAGCUACUGGACCACCUGGUCGCAGGCCAUGAAACCACAGGCAUCACCCUCACGUAUAUGAUGUGGGAGCUGUCGCAGCGUCCGGAGCUUCAGGCUGAGCUGCGAAAGGAACUCCUCACAUUAUCUCCGUCUCUUCGAUAUCCAGACACCGACACAGACGGAGACGAAGGGGAGCCCCUUCCCCCUCCUUCCGCGAUCGACGCACUUCCCCUACUGGAUGCUUUGGUCCGUGAGACCCUCCGUCUUCACUCCCCAGCCCCAGCUCAACUACCCCGCAUAACCCCCAAAACAGAAAACGGAACAUCCCUUCACGGAUACGACAAUAUCCCAGGCGGCGUGAAGAUAAGUUCAAGCGCCUAUUCCCUCCACCGCAUUAGCGAUAUCUAUCCACGUCCGUUUGAAUGGCUACCACAGCGGUGGCUCGAGCCAGGCGACAAGAUCCACGACAUGAGGCGGCUAUUCUGCGCGUUCGGUACCGGCGGACGCAUGUGUUUGGGGAGUAAUUUCGCAUUGCAAGAAAUCAAAUUGGUUAUGGCGGCUGUGUAUUCGAAUUAUACGACAUCUAUUGUGGAUGAUGAGGGUAUUGAGCAGGAGUAUGCGUUUAUUGCGCUGCCGCGCGGGCGGAAGUUGAUGUUGAGGUUUAUUCCGGUUGAUUGA